GCAUCUCUUGCAUCCCAUCCCAGUUAUCUGCUGGCAGACACUGGGAGAGAGGCAGUCACUCUCAGCAUGAAGGCAUCCCCUGCGUCACAGUGUGAUUGAAAGAUAAGAUUGAAAGAUAGAUAGAUAGAUCGGGGAUAUAGGUGCCUUAUUUUAUAAUCGGCCAUCAAACAUGGAAUUCCUGAUUAUAGAGUGACUGCAACUUUUUCUGAUUUGGAUUAUCUCUGGGGCUUAUGGACACAGACUGGGUUGAAACCAACAGGGCAUACCAUCGGAUCCCAGAGCCAGGGGAGACCCAGAGGGAGGGGCCGCCCGGGGCCCGGUGGAUCAGCGUCUUCGGUCCAUCACUGUACCCUCAACCAGACCUGGCUGCCCUUGCUGGACAGCCUGCCACUCUUCCAGAGGCAGAUGAUGGAGAAGUAUUUCACACCUGUGUACCGCCCACCAACUCAGGAAGAGAUGAGGAAGCCCAAGAACCAUCAUCACUACCCCAAUGACCAGCCACAACACCACCCUCAUGCUCACGCUCACCAGGCCUAUCACAGCCCAGAUGACCAGCCACAUCACCGCCCUCGACCAGACCAUGAAUCACUCGGCUAUGCAAACUUAGUCGGAACCGAUGAAAACACAGAUGACAGCCAGGCACACCACCAGAACCACCACCGCCGCCCUCGGCACGCAGAGCAUCUCCACGAGAACCUCCCCCAUGACUACCAUCAGCCUCCACAUCCGCUCUAUCAGCCCCACGCAUCUCAUGAGAGCGAGAUCCAAAACCCGCAGCUCACGAGGGUCACCCUGUCCCGAGCCUCGUCCUCCUCCCUCUCGUCCUCGUCCUCCUCUUCCUCCUUGUUCUCGUCCUACUCCUGGAAGACGGAGCCCAGCGAGCCCCUGUCCAACCGCCCCCCUCAGCGGCCGCAUCACUCCCUCUCCUGCUCCAACAUCCUGGAGGUCCGCACCGGGUUCCGGCAGGACGGCGGCAGCGAGCCCCUCGUCUUCGCCACCGUAACCCACGGUGCGCCUGAGGCCCCUCCCCACGACCGCGCAGCGGGCCACUCACGGCGGAACGAACGUGCCCGCGGCUCCCUGCCGGACCAGAGCCACAGUGACGAGGGCCUCCUGCAGACCAGUGAGGACGAGGUGGAGGCAGGCCGACGGCGGCGUGUGGCCCCCCCGCUCCAUGGAGCGCUCUACAAGACCGCCAGCUUAGGGCGCAGCCUGGCCUUCAGCGAGGAGAACCUGGUACUGGGAGCGUCAGGGAGGCCCCGCAGGGCAGGGUUCACCAACCAAAUCCCUAGCAAGGGGAUCCUCAAGAACCGGGAACCUCACCCGGACAUCCGCAAAGCGAGGUCUAUGGAGGUUCUGUCCCCCCGGGUGGCCAACGGACAGGGCAAAGGUAGAGAGAAAGGGAAGGGCGCUGGGCGGGCCGACAUUCAGACAGCCAGGGAGAGCUUUGUGAAGGGGAAGAUGCAGUUCUCCGCCUUCCUGGACGAGAUCACGAAACAGGUCAUCAGUCCGUCCAACCUUAACAGUUUAGGGGUCAACCAAGGUAAAGCCCCUGGGGAGACCACGGGCCCCGCUCCCGGGGCGAGGGGCCCUGGGGCGGCCAAGCCUCAGCUUCCCGUCAAGAAGCACAGAGAGAGCUCUGGAGAGGAGAGAGAACAGCAUCACAAACCGCCAGCCACACAGGACAGAAGGGAGCCUCGUGGAAACUUUCCGUCGCAUCAUUCCCCACACCCCGACCAGCCCAAUCCCGACAAGCUGAGCUCGUACGCGGCCAGGCGGCACAGAGGCAGCCCCCCUCUGCAUCACCAUCCCCAAACCUCCAGCCCCCAUCCCCCCCAAGGUUGCACCCAUAAGGAAGGGAGGGAGCCAGGGAUUGCGGGCCACAAAGCAAGGGAAAGCGACAUCCGAUGUGGUUCUCAUUUAACCGAUGGAACCAUCAGCCCGGAGCCUAUCCCGCCCAAACAACGAAACCACCGCAAGCCCCGGAACACAGCCGCCCACAGUCCACCCCCACCACCCCUUCCACCCCACAUUCAGCCCCGCCAUGGGUACACAAGCCCUGGGCAUCAAGAGGAAGGACCAGGAGCCCUCCAGACCCAGGGUUCACCACUAGACCAUGAAUCAGAGCCUGGUUCCUGUAGGUCAGACUCUUCUCGAACCAGGGAGUCCACGAGUCAGAACAGCCAAAACUCGGACCAGAGUGUCCGACAUCGGUCUCACGCAGCACGCAGAGGACACACUGAUCCACAUCAUAAGGUCUCACUUGGUGGUUCGGAACAAUUCCAGGCCCUGCUGGAUGAGAACACAGACCUCCAUCAGAACCUGCUGCAGACGGUGGUCUUCAUCGAGAGCCUGCAGGCAGAGCUAACCAGGAGCAGGGAGGAGCUGAGCCAUGUCAAGGACAAGUACAGAAGUCUUGUGGAGACACACACAGGGACCAAGCAGACCAACACCCGGCCAGGGGAGCACCUGCACAUCACGUCUGAGAGUCUGAGCAGUGAGAGAAAGUACCUGAUCAACCGCAUUGCCGAGCUGAGCUCCGAGCUAGAGGAGGCCCAAAGGACCAUCGCUGCUCUGGAGACCAUCAAUGUGCCCUGUCUGAUCAAGGAGCUGCUGGAGAAGCACUUUGACUCUGCAGAGGCAGUCCAACAGUUCCUGAAAACAGCCACCACAGCCAACCACCCCAAUACCCCUUCUCUGCCGGACCUUAGCCAAUCCGGGGCUUCCAAUGUGGUGGAGGCGCCCUAUGAUUGGCUGACGGAGCCAGAGGCGGAUCCAGGCAGGGUGACGGCCUUCAUGCCUUGGAAACAGGAGGCAUCAGCUGUGACAGCGUCAGCUGUGCCGGCGUCAGCUGACGACUCUGGUGGUUACUGUACGAGCCAGAGCCAGCCGUUCUCCAUCGCCGACAUAAGCGCCGCCAUCUAUAAGAAGAUCGCCUCAGAAAUUGCUGCCAAUCACAGGUCUCCCCCACCAAAGUCACUGCACGGCUGUCCCAAGGGGACGAACCACACCGGGCCAGCGGGCCCCCGUGCCCAUGUGCGGCAGGUCCUGGAGACAGCUGAGCCGGGGCCCGGAGAAGUGACCUAUCUGUCAGCCCAACAGGUCCUGGAUGAGUUCAUCAACCAGCUGCAUCCCCAAAACAAGGCCAGUGACGGCAAGCCAUCACAUAUGUCGACCUCCUAUGAGUAGGAUUAGGGAGGAGGUGGGAGGAGGCGUGACAGCAGGGACUCUGUUGGUUGCACUAAGUCAGGGAAACCUUCCAAUCAAACCACAAGGAUACAGCAACCGCACCACCAACAGCAGUUCUUUCUGAUUGCAGUAUAAAAGUAACAUAAGAAAGUUACUUGGCACCCAGUGGAACAAGAGAGAGUUAAUCGGAAUACUAUUGUAUUACCUGGGUUUGCUGAUGGUCCUGUGGUUUGCCUUUAUAGACCAUUUUCAGAGUAGACAUCUUAGCACAAAGCACAAAGUCUGGCUCGUAUGUCCCUUACAACAAAUGGGUCUGUUACCUUUACAUGCCAGGGCACACACAUUGACCAUUGCUAUUGUUUGACACACAUUAGUGAAUCCUCUGCUUACCUUCCCAAUGUUGGGGGCUUCAGCUGUGUGUGCCCUGCCUUGCCAGCUCUGUGAAAAGGGUACAUGGUCAUGGUCUGUUAUCUUCACCGUCGUCUAGUCUAGUACACUACCCGUGGCCUGUGGUAGCCUUGCAUAAAACAGUCCUACGACCAGGUGCCUGGUGAAAAGGGUCUCUAAACUGUAAUAGUCUAUUGUCAUAUAUUAUAUGUACAGUUAAAGUAUUGUUUUUUGUCUACAUUUAAUAUGGUUUAAUGGUUACUUUCAGUGGAAUAUUUAACAGAGCAUUAAUGAAAAAGUUAUAUAAAACAUUCUCGCAUUUUGGCAAAUGAUAUUGGCAUUCAAACUAUAGAAAAUGAUGUUAAAUAUGAUUCAAUUGCGAGUUAUUUAAGUUCCUGUAUAUACUGUUUGAAUAUAGCAUAAACUUUUCAAAAAGAUUGAAAUAUGAUUCAAUUGCAAAAUAUUUUAGGUCCUAUUUAAGUAUGUAAUGUCAGAAUAUAGAAAUGAAAUGGAAUAUCUGGAUGGUCUCAAAAGGCAAGUUCCAAUAAUAAUUGUUUCAAUUGUUCACUUUAAUGUCAAUGGCUGAUUCUACUCAGGUUUUUUAGGUAGGCCUUUGUCAUACCAAAAUAAUACUGAAUGCAUUCUCCUCCUUUUUGUGUGUUUAGGCCUGCUAAGAUAUGUGCAUGCUAGGCUUUGUGGGCAUUGUCUAGUGCUUCCCUUAUGUACACAAACAUGUCUGUAGGAUUGAUGUAGUCUACGAAUGAAUGUAGUACUAACGUAUACAAUAAUGUUGUACUGAUAUAGUAAUCUUGAAGCGAAAAGUAAUUGUGUCCGGGUAUCCUAUUUGUACAUACAGGGUUCAGUUUAUUAGUGUCAAAGUAAUCGUGUUAUUGAUCUUAUUUAUUCACCCUGUCCAACAGUCCCACUGUUAACAGUUUCCAUGACAUGAUGUUGUCGAUCCAGCUCGAUGUGUCGUCUGUGAAAACGCUUCUGUGCUGAUCAAUAACAAUAAAAUAUUAAUAAUCACAACAC